GCCUCCAUUGUCCAGAUGAUGGUGUGCUUUUAUUAGAAUAAUAUUGUGCAAUAAAUUAUCAUCAUCUCCAUUGCAUUGGAAGUUGUUGUUUUUGUGCCUUACACGUACACAUGAUGUCUAAAGGAAAAGGAGUGAUUAAUCUGGAGCCUAGUGCGGCUGACCCCUUUCAGGAUACUAGUGACUCCGGUGGCUCCUCUCUGGGGAAGGGACAAGGAGCCAUUCACAUUCGUAUCCAACAACGUAACGGGCGUAAGACCCUCACCACGGUACAAGGUAUAGCUGAGGCUUAUGACAAGAGAAGGAUAGCCAAAGCCUGUAAGAAGGAGUUUGCGUGCAAUGGAACAGUGGUGGAUCAUCCAGAGUAUGGUGAGGUCAUCCAGCUACAAGGUGACCAGAGACACCAUAUAUCAGAGUUCCUGGUAGAAGUGGGUCUCGCCACUAAAGAACAAAUCAAGAUGCACGGAUUCUAAUAUCAACUGUCUCACUAACACUUUCUAUUAAUUAUUGAUGAAUGUACUGAUCAGUUGUUGUUAAACAA